AUUUAAAUUGUAGAAUCGUACAUCUAUAGCGUUAUGUUUCAAGCCACGGUUUGUUCGUGCGGUCUGCGACGUAGCUCAUUGAUGAAUUAGGAAUCACUCGCUUUUGAAAAAAGGAGACCUUUUGUGCAAAAAAAGGUCGUCGAACGUUGGGUAACUACCGACUCCUAAUUGGGAGCAGACUAUGUUAUUUUCAUCGUGUACAACAGCCUUGCUACCUCUCCAUUUUUGUCUGUUUUGUUUGUUAAAAGAAUACUGUGAUUUAAUUUUUUCUGCACUGCUAAGCUUCGGUAUGGUGGAAAAGGCAGUUAAAAUUGUUUUAGUUAUCUGCGUUUUCUGGACAGUUGUAAUUGGCGAAGACGCACCUCAUCCGUGCGACAGAGUAUGUCAAUCCGAAAGCACAAGGGUGUGCGAAUACAAUUUUACCGUAGAGUGGUAUUCAACGUUGUCGAAGGCCUGCUUUGAAUGCCCGUUUGUUGAGUCGGACUGUAGUAGACCACAAUGCGUUGCCGCUGACGGCCAUCCUCGCGCUAUUACUGUUGUCAACCGAAUGCUUCCGGGUCCUUCUAUUACUGUGUGCGAGAGCGAUCGUGUUGUUGUCCGAGUGCAUAAUCGCUUAGAUAAUGGGGAAGCAACCACUAUACAUUGGCAUGGUAUGUCACAGCGAGGUACGCCGUGGAUGGACGGGGUUCCAAUGCUAACUCAGUGCCCAAUUCCACCACAGACAACUUUUGUGUAUAACUUCACAGCUACACCUGCUGGUACCCAUUGGUGGCACGCACACGUUGGCUUCCAUCGCUCAGAUGGUGUGUUUGGUAGCUUUGUAGUGAGAAAACCUGAUGCUAGCAAUCCGCACUUUGGGGCUUAUGAUGACGACGAACACACGAUUUUAGUUGGCGACUGGCUUCAUCAAACUACCAUGGAAAAAUACAUUCAACAUCACCAUUCAAAUGGGAAUAAUAAAGGAGAAGGCAUGCUAAUCAACGGAAAAGGGGAAUAUACUAAAUACCAGAGAAAUAACGAAACAAUUUACACGCCGAUGAUGAAGUACUCGGUAACUCAUGGGAAGCGCUAUCGGUUUCGAGUCAUUAACAAUGCUGCGGUUUUUUGUCCGUUCGAGCUUACCGUGGAUUACCAUAUUCUCACUAUUAUCGCCACGGAUGGUGUUGACGUCACUGCAUACAAUGUAACGUCAUUAGUGACGCAUGGAGGUGAACGAUAUGACUUCGUGUUAAACGCAAAUCAAGAAGCGGCUAGCUACUGGAUUCGAAUACAAGGACUUGCUGAUUGUAUGAAUAGUUCACAAAGAGCUGUGCUGUGGUAUAGAAACUCAACCAGCGGCGCCCGGCCUGCUUCAACACCGGACACAAUCAAUCAAACGAAAAUUAAUCCGCUCAACGAAAAGGAAACAUCGAACGUGAAAUACGUGACAAACUUGUCGACCAUUAAGAAUGUGGAAACUAGAUUAACUCAGAAACCAGACGUUGUUCACUUUAUUGGUUUCGACUUUAAGCUAGUUAACAACCCGUCCUACCACGACAGUAUUCUAUAUCCGAUUAAAUCUGUUUCAAGAGACCACCAUCUAUACAGCCCACAGCUGAACAACGUGACGUAUCUAUCCCCCCAUUCACCGAUUCUCAGCCAGUACGACGACAUUGAUGAAUCGACAAUAUGCAAUACAUUUACGGGUGUUAACGUACCCAAAACUGAGUUUCGAGCAUGCACCCACAUUGCUGACGUUCAACUUGGAAGUGUUGUUGAACUAGUUGUUUUUGACGAAGGUCGAACGUUUAAUGCUGGUCAUCCUAUGCAUUUACACGGCUAUCACUUUGCCGUAGUAGCCAUGAAUAAAGUGAAAGGCUCCAUUUCACUUGACGAAGUGCAGCAGCUUCACCGUAAUGGGUCUAUCUCCUACAAUUUCAAUAAUCCUGUUAUGAAAGACUCUGUGAUUGUACCUGAUGGAGGAUACAUCGUUAUCCGAUUUAUUGCUGACAACCCGGGCGUUUGGUCAUUUCAUUGUCACCUCUCAUUUCACCUUGAAGCAGGUAUGCUGAUGGCUUUCAGAGUAGGUGAACAAAGUUAUAAGAACAAUAUCCCAAGCAAUUUCCCAAAGUGUGGUAAUUGGGAAGCGGCCAGCAGCCGCAGUAAAGCCGUUCAAGUUAACCGCGCAUCAAUUGCUUUGUAUAUUUGGAUUAUCGUCCUUUAUGUUUUAAUUGCAUAGUAAUAUAGUACUGCGGGAUAAGAUGGGAUACCGUUAGCACCUAAAACCCAUAACUGCUGCUUCGGUUUAUGUUAAUUAACAACGCGCUGAUAGAGUUGCGGGCUACGGUUAUAUUAUUCUGCAAAUAUUUUUUAUUUACCACCAAAUGGGUAAAUAAAAUAGAUUAAAAACGUGUCCCAUCUUACCCCAUUCUACUAUAUUCUGAUUUAGGUGCAUAAACGUUUUUCUCGCAACGAUAUUGCAAAUGCUUUUUAUAACAAUAUUUAAUGACAACUAAACUUUAUAGCAUGAAGCUCUUACAAUCGUUUGUUUGAUUUGCAGAGUUGUUGUACGCAUUUAAUAAAAAACAAGUUUGUAUAUUUCCAA